GGAAGGUCCAGUUCCACGGUAGUAGACAGCGAACGUACACGAUGAUGGAGCUCGACGACGCAGCCUGCAUGGACCUCCUCUGCGACUUUGUGCUGUGCCCGACCUUUGGCAGCAGUGAAAGCACCGGCGACGACGACGAGAGCCAUGCGCAGCCACCGGCCAAGCGCCCGCGGAAGCGCGAGGCGCAUCACAUUGCGGCGCUUCGAUCGACGGUCGCGGACCUCGUGGCACAGCGCGACGCGCUCCAGGCACGCAAGCAACGCGCGACGCAGUCGCCAUGGGAGGCCACAUCCCGGCGCCAAGCGGCGGCGCGCUUCGCGGUCGAGCAAGAGCACGCGCAGCUCACCCGGGCGGUCGCGUCCCAAGCCCGGCUCCUCGAGUCGCUGCAAACCGUCUUGGCACGGCCACAGUUGGUCGACAUGCCCAUCUUGGCGCCGCGGCUUCUGGACGCGCCAUCGUCGCUGCGGCGCGCGACCGCCGAAGCGCUGGUCCACGCCGAGUACGGCCGCCUCGAGAGCAUUGUGCUCGCCUCCAAGAUUCAUCACGCGACGUCCCGGGUGCAAAACACGAGCAUUACGUACGAUGAGAGCGCACACGCGAUCCGCGUCGACUGCACCAUGGCGCAGAUGCACAACUUGACCGUCGACCAGUGCGCACUGGCCAUCUGGAAAUACUACAACAAUCUGGUGCCGAUUGAAGUCAAGGACACGUCAUUUGUGGUGCUGGAAGAGUGGGAUGCCAACUUGUCGUACGGCCGCCUCAUCAUGGAGACACCUGGCGUCGAGAUCCACUGCCACGUCGUGCAAAAGCGGUUUAUCGAGCCGAACCGCGUGGUCAUUUGCUCGGCGACGAUCGCCCAUGAUGAAAAGUAUCCGUACGACCCCGACGCCUACGUCCUCCACGAAAGCACUUGGAUUGCGAUCGAAACCGGGAGCAAGCCCAACAUGGCGCGGGUCUACUACUGCGGACAGGGUUCGGUGCCGUGUGCGCCAAAGCCGACGCCGACCAUGCCGUACGAAUCGCUCGCGAAAUCGCUGUCUACAUGUUACAAUGCGCAUUUGGACGCUGUCAAGCUUGUCAACGUACCCAUCACGCCGUCGACGCAGCCGUCACAGAAAAAUUUGACGGGUCAUGUGGAGAAUUUGCAGCAGCAAAUCAACGGACUCCAGUCGAUCGUGCUGCAACAACAAAAGAUGCUCCAGGCCAUGAUGCUGUCGCGGUAGCGCCAACCGAUCGACGCGGCGUGGAAUACGUAGCCCCUUGGUCCGAAAUGAGCCUUUUUCAAAAUAUACAACAUAGUUCAUCUGCAAGACAACGGAUGACGACGAUGAACGAUCGGUUCACUUUGCGUUUUGUCUCGAA